AUGGCGGCCCCGACUCAAAACGAACAGCUUCAGCAAGACGCACAACCUCAGCAAUACGCACAGUCUCAUCAAAACGCACAGCCUUCUUCAAGCGCACCACCCAACAACAGACCCAAGCCCGAGCACAUCCAAAUCAAUGUCAUAUUCUGCGUGGCCAAAGAAAAUGAAAAGAUGCAGUAUACCGAAACCUUUCACGUCCCGCUCCCGGAUAAACUGGAGACUUUCCGGGCCGGAAUGCGAGCCGUGAGCCGGCGGGUGCAGGCUGGCCAGGGCGAGGAGUGGAGCUGGGUGUCGCCCGACCUGUCUGUGGUCUGGACUGACAUGCCCUCCGCGAUCGCCGUCAUGGACUCGGAUAACUGGACGAGGAAUUUGCGUUUCAUGCACGAGCGCAAAAUGGGCGACUACAUUCGUAUUGACAUGAAGUACGAGCGCAAGGCGCCGGGUUGA